GUGUGGGCGCAAGGGCCAUAUUUCCAAAUUCUGCAACGACCCAUUUGCCAGGGCAGCAGAGGCUGAGCGCAUGGAAAGGCAGCAGGCAAUCAUGUCUGCAAGAGCAGCUCAGACUCAGAGACACGUGGCCCGACGAUCAGUCAUCCAUGCCACACCUCAUGCGCCUGGCAAAGGCAUGA